AUGGUUUCUAUGGCGACCGCUAUGCUGUGCAAAGAACAAGGGAUCACGGUGGCUGGAGUCUGUGCCGUCUAUGAAAUAUUCAUAGCUCAAAAGAUUCGCUUUCCGGAACUGAAACUCUUACUGAGGACCGCAAUCAUCUCCAAAUCACCGUACCCGUGGUCGAGAAAAGCCACCAAGAGACUGGCUGCUCUUGCCUCCACCACAUUGUGUCUACUCUUGGCCAGACUUCAAAUUAUGGGAUCCCAACUGCCGGUUUUUACCAGAUUUGAUAAUCCUGCUUCUGUAGCCCCGACGCCUAGCAGACAAUUGACCUACCACUAUUUAAUCAGUGUGAAUUUGUGGUUGUUACUGUUUCCCUGUGAUUUGUGUUGCGACUGGACAAUGGGAACUAUUCCUCUGCUCGAGUCGCUUUUGGAUGUGCGAAAUCUUAGCACACUUGUCGCUUACGGGUUUUUGUUCGCGCUGAUACGUCAAGCGUUCACCACUGAGAAUAAGCAGCAGGCUACGAUUUUGAUAAUGGGGCUAUCAAUGAUGGGACUUCCAUUCAUUCCUGCAUCAAACCUCUUCUUCCCAGUGGGUUUCGUCGUAGCUGAGAGAGUUCUUUAUAUGCCUUCGAUGGGUUUCUGUAUGCUACUAGGCUAUGGCUUUCACCUUCUUUCCCGUACCAAACUGAAGAAGGCAGUUUUCUUCUUUCUUGGUAUUCUCAUCUUGUCGCAUGGAAGCAAGACAUACCUGAGGAAUUGGGACUGGGAGGAUGAAUAUUCAAUAUUCAUGUCUGGAUUGAGAGUCAACCAGAGGAAUGCUAAGUUGUUCAAUAAUGUGGGACAUGCUUUGGAAAGUCAAGGAAACUACAUAGAGGCUCUCAAUUUCUUCAAGACUGCUGUUAGAGUUCAAGAAGAUGACGUCGGUGCUCACAUCAAUGUAGGCCGUACCUACAAUCAUCUCAAAAUGUUCCGGGAGGCUGAAGAUGCAUACUUGAAGGCUAAAUCGCUCCUUCCCAAGGCCAAACCCGGAGAAUCGUAUCAAGCCAGGAUAGCGCCCAAUCACUUGAACGUCUUUCUCAAUCUGGCCAAUUUAAUCUCGAAAAAUUCGACAAGGUUAGAAGAGGCAGACAUGCUGUAUAGGCAGGCAAUCAGCAUGAGGGCAGACUACACACAAGCAUAUAUCAACAGGGGCGAUAUUCUGAUAAAACUGAAUAGGACUAAAGAAGCUCAAGAGGUUUACGAGAGAGCGCUCUUGUAUGACAGCAAUAACCCCGACAUAUAUUAUAAUUUAGGAGUAGUUUUUCUGGAACAAGGCAAAGCCUCCCAAGCCCUAGCCUACCUAGAUAAAGCUCUCGAGUUUGACCCAGAACAUGAACAGGCUCUAUUCAAUUCUGCUAUCCUCCUGCAAGAAUUUGGCCGUCCAGAACUGAGAAGAAUAGCUCGAGAUCGACUCCUCAAACUCCUCAGUAAGGAUCCAGAGAACGAGAGAGUGUAUUUCAACCUAGGAAUGCUGGCAAUGGACGAUAAGAAUAUAGAAGAAGCAGAACACUGGUUUCGCCGAGCAGUUCAUCUUAAGGUAGACUUCCGGAGUGCGCUGUUCAACUUGGCGCUGUUGCUGGCUGAUGAUCAGAGACCCUUGGAAGCGGCUCCGUUUCUCAAUCAACUUGUGAAAUAUCAUCCGGAUCACGUGAAAGGGUUGAUUCUGCUAGGAGAUAUUUACAUCAACAAUAUAAAGGAUCUCGACGCAGCUGAGAAUUGCUACAAAAGGAUUCUGGAAAUGGAACCUGAUAAUAUUCAAGGACUGCACAAUCUGUGUGUGGUACAUGUCGAGAGAGGUAAACUAUUAGAAGCCCAAACAUGUUUACUUGAAGCUCACAGGCUCGCUCCUGAUGAGGACUACGUCUUGCGCCACCUUCAAAUAGUCCAAAACAGAAUUUCUAAGACAUCUCCGAUCACCAAAGAAGAAGAAACCAACCCGAAAGAGAAGAGCAGAGUCGUUUCAAAUAAGAGCAUCGACGAAACAGAUAGAAAAUCUAAGCCAGUUGUUACUGGCGACUCAGAGGAGCAGAGGUACAGUAGUAGGGUGGUUAAUACGGAAUCCAUGUUUGUUAAAAAUAUCGAUGAAAACAUCGAUUUUGAUGUUUACCCAGAAUCUCCUGCUACCCUAUCAGAAAGUGCAGACUUCAGCAGAACCCAAUGGAGUAGCAUCGGAACCGAUAAAGAUGAUCCUUCUUCUGGUAUGUCCUAA